UGCCGGUCUAUGGAAAUCUGUCAUGCAACCCUACUAUGAAAGUGAAACUACAGAGAUUGUGUCAUUAGCAAAUUUACAUGGGGAUGCCUUAGAAUACUCUGAACAAGUUCGAUGGCUACAACAAUUUGCAUCAUAUCGUAUGCUCGGAAAAGCUUGUCUACGCCAUGGCAUGGUAGAUCCCGUUGAUACCGAAUCAAAUGAUAUUAUCAUUGAAACUCGAGAUUUAAUGAAAGACGAAACAUUAGAAAAAUCAUUGAAAUUAGCUGAAGGGCUUGAUUGUGCAGAGUCGCAACACGUAAUAGAUCUUGUGAGAAAUAAAACAUGUCUUAACACUAAACAAAUGAUGCAGCUUCAAAAAC